AUGUCUGUUGACGGUGGUCUCGCAUUAGCAAGUUCAUUAUUAAAGAUUAACGAUAAUGAUGAUUAUACACAGUAUGAAAAUAUUGAUGAAACUGAUUUAUCAUCAUCGUCUUCAUUUUAUACUUCUUCAUCAAAAAAUGGUCAAUCGAGUAAUAAUAAUAGUGAUAUUAGUAAUAAUCAUGAUCCAUAUUGGAUUAAAAAAUCAGCGACGCCAGUGAAUAACGAAGAAGAGUUCAGGGACCACGACGACAAUAUCAACUAUAUUAUUAGUGAUAAUCUUAUAACUACAAUUACGGUACAUGAAAGUGAACAAAUAACUUCAUAUGAUAAUGGUAAUGGUGAUGACUCAUUAAAAACAAUCAAACCUUCUAAAAACGAAAGAAUAUUAUGUGAUUUAAACAUUCCUUUACCAGGAAAUAAUGAAUAUAUAAUAUUUGAAUGUAAAAUUUCAAAAUUAAAUUCUGCCGCAUCUAAAAAAUUAUCAAGAAAUAAUUUUUUAAUUUUAACUAAACACUUUUUAUUGAGCUUUAAAAAUGGAGAAAAAGCUGCAAAACUACUAUUCGAUGAAAUUACCAAAGAUAAUAAAUCGACGCCGCCUUCAACAACCAUCACUAAUAAUAAUAAGCUAUCAGAAAAUAUAUUAUUUUCUUUGUUAACUGUGUUUGCAAUAACUGAAACCUUAGAUCCAGAACCAGCAAUUAGAAUAGAUUAUAUAAUAUCUGAAAAAAAAACGUCUUAUGUAAUAAUAGUUUCUUUAACUCUUCAAAAUCAUAAACAACUAUUAAAUGUAAUUAGAUCAACCAUAUCUUCAAUAAAUACCAUCGGUCCACAUUUGACUAAAAGACAAAAUAAUUGGUUAGUUCAAAAAUUAAAUUCUUUACAAGAUUUAACAAAUAAUAAAAACCCAAUAACAUUCAAAGUUUUACUACAAGGAAUUACUGAUGAAAAUCAUACCAACAAGGUAUCAGCAAAAAAAGAUGUUCCUGUAUUUAUAGCUUUAGGAAAAAAUAAUGUUUAUUUAAUGCCUAUUAGUUUAUUUGAUGGCUCAUCGACAUCAUCAAGUCAUCCAAGUAAUGAAGAUUCAACUACUAAAAUCGAGUUUAAAUUUAAUAGAAAAAUGAGUAAUCAUACUUUACAAUAUCCAUUACUAUUAGAAGAAAACAAACCAAAGGAGAUUGACAUUAAAAGAUAUCAAUAUCCACUAUUAUGUUUAACCAAAAUAUUUGCUGAUGAUAGGGAUGACAAAUUUCAAUUGUCCUUUAAGAAUGGAACAGGUUUGUUGACAAGAACCUUAACUAUUUCUUCAUUAGCAUAUAGAACGAUAAUUCGAGAAUUAAAAAAAGCUAUUGACUCUAUAAUUUUUUGGUGGCCAAAUCCAACUUAUCAAUUGAUAAUCACACAAAAAAUUACAUCUUCUUCUAUCACUUUUCAGGAAAAAUCUAAUAAUGGUAAAUUAUCAAAAGAUGAUUUUGAAAGAAUGCUAGAAGCUCAAUGUCAUGCAUUUAAAGCUAAUCGUUCAAGAAUAGCUUUCAGAUUAGAACAUAUCACAGAUGUUGACAGCAAUGAUGAUAGUAGUGACAAUUUGCCUUUUAGAUUUACAUUUAGUGCAGAAUUAAUGGCAAUAUUUAAUUCAUUAAAGUUUCAUCCUUUGAUUUAUGAAAUUAGUUUUAAAAAUAUUAAAUUUUUUGAAUUGCAAAUCCAACCAAAUCCACUUGGUCACAAGCUUUCAAACAUGUUGGGAGUUGUGAUUUAUGAAUUAUUGAUAUCAAUUCCAAAUUUAAAAAAAUUAGAUUUGUCAUCAUGUGAGAUCACUAGUGAAACUGUUUCAUCUAUUGCUAACGCUAUAAUGGCUCCAGUUCAACAACAGCAACAACAAUCUUCACUACAGCAUUUAAUAUUAUCAAAUAAUAUUUUAACAAAAAGAGGUGUUGAGUCAUUAGCCAAUGCCAUAAAAAAUCAUUGUAUUGGAUUCAAAGAAUUGGAUCUUUCAAAUUGUAAAUUAGAUUCUGAUGGCAUCAAUAAAAUCAUCAAAGCAUUGAUGAAAAAUCAGCCUGAAAAAUUGGAAAUUUUUAAUUUGUCAAAUAACCCUAACAUUCAAACCAGUUAUUUGUCCGACUUGUUAAAGAAAACAAUAUUUUUAAAGACUUUAAAUCUUAGAAAUAGUCAAGCUAUUUUUCAACUCAAAACUUUUGGUGAUCCAAUAAUUUCAACUAAAACAUUAGGCGAAUAUUCAUUGACAACUCUUGAUAUUGGUGGAAUACCUCUUAAUAAAGAUAAAUAUUUAGAACCAUUAUACCUUUACAUACAAUCAUCGGCAUUUGAUAAUCUAAGGUCUUUUAGUAUUGAUCAUUGUAAAUUGGAUGGUGAAAAAUUAGCUUCAAUAAUAUCUUAUAUUUCAACAUCUCCAGCCAUUAAACAUAUAAAGGUAUGGGCGGGUGGUAAUUAUCUAUCACGCUCUAAAACUGGUUGCAAAGAAUUAUGUAAUACAAUAAGAUCAAAUUGGACUCCACCUUGGCUGUCGUUGGAAGAUUCUAUAUGGGGAACGGAUCCUAACAAAAUUGAUAAUACUAGCAUCACCUCUUUAAACAUUAGUGGUUAUUCUGAAAGAAAAUGGGGCCCUGCAUUAGGUUCUGUAUUAUUAUUUCUUGAAAAUAAUUAUACACUUGAAAUAUUAAAUAUUAAAGGGAAUGCUAUCAGUGAUCCUGGUGCUAAAACUUUAAGUGAAGCAUUAAAAAAUAAUGAUAAAUUAGAGGUUUUAAAUAUUGACCAAAAUGAGGUUGGGAUUGAUGGUUAUAUGUCAUUACACAGUCUCCUAACAACUAAUCAAAAUACCAGCAUAAAACAUUUUGUCUACCCAAUUCAAGAUCUAAAAACACACAACGAAUCAUUAGAUGCAAAGUUGUUAGUUCAUUCACCACGUGAAUUAAGAUUCGGCGCAUCUGCUAUUAGGUUGGGUCAAAAAAUAUCAUCAGAAAAACAAAAAGUUGAUUUCCGUCAGCUUAUUGAUGAAAUAAUCUUGGCUGUUAAAGAACGUUGUGGUAAUGCUGAUGAAGAAAACUCUACUACCAUCAAAUCUUCAUGA